AUGGCCCCCGGCGCCCUCGACCUCGACGCCCACGAGCAGCCCUCAGACCAAAUGAAGGCCGAGUGGAAGCACUUCUCCCGCCUCGACCAAAACGUCCUCCUCAAAGAGAUACCGCUCGACGAUCCCCGGCUUCCCAUUGAACAAAGCGGAUUCCGUGUGUCGGGAAACAUUUCGCGGGCGCAGAUAUCAGAGGCCUUUUCUCACUUGGGAUCUGAGUUUGCAAAGGAGGGCGCCGAUGAUGGCGAUGCUCCUAUUUUAUAUCACCCUUUGCUUCCAGGCCUCCUCAUCAUCCCCUCCCUCAUCCCCCCCUCCAUCCAAACCCACCUCCUCAACACCAUGAUCCACCGCGACCUCAGCAACCCAACCCACCAAACAAACCUCCACCUCCACUACAACCUCCCCUACCCUCCCCCCUCAUCCUCCUUCUUCUCCCUCCCCCCAGACUCCCCGCCGACGUUCCUCCCCAAAGACCCUGCCGUCCACAACCCCCUCUCCAUCAAGCAAGUCCUCCAGCGGCGUCUUCACUGGGUCACCCUCGGCGGCCAGUACGACUGGACGAACCGCGUCUACCCGGAAGCUCCUCCUCCUGGCUUCCCGGAUGAUUUGGCUUCUUUUUUGAAGGCUUUGUUUCCGGAAACGCUCGCUCAGGCUGCUAUUGUGAAUUUCUACACGCCUGGGGAUACGAUGAUGAUGCAUAGAGACGUCAGCGAGGAGAUUGACAAGGGUCUCGUCAGUCUGAGUUUCGGAUGCGACUGUCUCUUCAUGAUCGCCCCCAGUCGCAGCGCCAACGGCGAACGAGACCAAGCUCAAGAAACACAACAAGACAAAGACGAAGAGAAAAAGUAUCUGUUACUGAGACUUCGCUCCGGAGACGCCAUCUACAUGACAAAGGAGUCGCGCUACGCAUGGCACGGCGUGCCAAAGGUUAUGAAGGGCACAUGUCCCGACUAUCUCGCAAAUUGGCCCGCCGGAGGACAAGACGGCGAAUUUGAGCAGUGGAAGGGCUGGAUGGAAAACAAGAGAAUCAACCUAAACGUGAGACAGAUGAGAUGA